CAAAAUUCAGGCUCACCCGAGUGUCAUCUGAGCCCUCACUGUGAGUGUGGAGUGAGUGUGGAAAAACAGUCCAAAUUGACAUUCAUAACGAAGGGCGGGGGAGCGCUUGCUGUCAAAAAUGUGGGUGAAAGAAGCCCUAUUUGACUGUGGAUCGUUUGGCUAAAAAAAAGUAGGUGAUAUUGUCCCCUACACUUGUGUACCAUUUCAUUUCGUGUUGUUGUUGUGUAUUGGUAUUCCACCGUGUGCUCCCGUUGUGUGCCAUUGCGUGUUGUGUGUAUUCGUAUGCCAUCGUGUACUCUCGUACUCUUUUGAUACUUGGCCUGUGUGAGAGAAGAGAGAGAGAGAUAUGGAAAACAAAAACAAAAACGUAAGCAUCGUAGACGAAAAUGGGAAUCCUGGUAAGCGGCCCUUAAGCAUGCUAAGAAAUUUUGAAGAAGAAGAAGAAACAACACUUGAUUCUGGAAACGCUAAAAAGCAGCAAAAAGAGCAACCAUCUGGGACAAUGAAGAAUUAUAUUGUUUUUUCAAAUGGACAAAAACUAGAAAUUCGUGGCACUAUUUGUGGUGCUGUCAAUCUGGAUCAAACUGUAUGUGCGAAACCAUUAGAUGCUAAUCCGAGCUCCACACAAACACAGCAAACUAUUUUUUUAAAAACUGCUGGAGCUACUCCAUGUACUACCAAACCUGUACAACAGCCAUUAGAUGUUAAAAAGUCUGCUGGAAAACCAGAUCCCGUCACACAUACACAGCAAACUAUUUUUUUAAAGACUGCUGGAGCUACUCCAAGUACUAGCAAACCUGUACAACAGCCAUUAGAUGUUAAAAAGUCUGCUGGAAAGCCACAUCCCGUUACACAAACACAGCAAACUAUUUUUUUAAAGACUGCUGGAGCUACUCCAAGUACUAGCAAACCUGUACAACAGCCAUUAGAUGUUAAAAAGUCUGCUGGAAAGCCACAUCCCGUUACACAAACACAGCAAACUAUUUUUUUAAAGACUGCUGGAGCUACGCCGAGUUAUAGUAAAUCAAUCCAACAAACGUCUUUGGAAACGUCAGGAGAUAUUAUGGAGUAUAGCAAACUAAAACAGCAUUCCAAAACAUCUUACGCUACUCCGGGUCCGAGCAAACCGAGUCUGCAAAUGGUUAAUACCGAACUAUCUGGUGGUUUGCUUGAUCCCGACGAUACUCCAUUCUUAAUCACCAAGAACAUAUUACGACAGCUUAUUCGUGAUGAAGUUACUAGCGUAUUCCAGGAACAAAGGGAUAGUUUCAUGGAACCAAUGUUUCGACGCAUGGCCGGAAUGGAAGCGACUUUUGCUUCACUGUAUAACCAAAUCUCGUCACAGACCAAUCAAACGAAUGUUGAUCCAAAAGUGUUGGAAAAUUUCGAGUUUGAUACCAUCGACAGUGGCGAAGCAUUGACUGAACUUGACGAGCGACUUAAAAACGAUGAUCAUACAAAAUAA